GUCUCGCUGCUCAUCUUCAGGAACUUGCAGCUGUUUAUUUGUGUCACCAUGAGCCUGGAGAUGAAUCACGCACGAGUGUCUCUGCUUCCUGGGAUUCUUCUUCUUCUAGUCGGUCUAGGUCCAGGUCCAGGUCAGUGCUCUUAUGAUGAGACGAGACUGAUAAAGAAUCUGUUUAAAGGCUAUAACAAGGUGGUCCGGCCUGUGAACCAUUUCAACGACGCCGUGGUCGUGACUGUCGGGCUGCAGCUCAUCCAGCUCAUCAGUGUGGAUGAAGUUAAUCAGAUCGUCACCAGUAACGUGCGUGUCAAGCAGCAAUGGAAGGAUGUGAACCUGAAGUGGAACCCAGACGACUACGGAGGAAUCAAGAAGAUUCGAAUUCCCUCCACUGACAUCUGGAAACCAGAUUUAGUGCUUUAUAACAAUGCUGAUGGAGACUUCGCCAUUGUGCACCAGACAAAGGUCUUGCUGGAACACACCGGGUUGAUCACGUGGAAUCCUCCAGCCAUCUUUAAGAGCUACUGUGAGAUUGUGGUCAUUUACUUCCCUUUUGAUCUGCAGAACUGCAGCAUGAAGCUCGGCAUAUGGACCUACGAUGGAAACCUGGUUGUCAUCAACCCGGACAGCGACCGUCCAGACCUCAGUAACUUCAUGGAGAGCGGCGAGUGGGUGAUGAAGGACUACGGGAGCUGGAAACACUGGGUGUAUUAUGCAUGUUGCCCAAACACACCGUAUCUGGACAUCACCUAUCACUUCCUGAUGCUGAGACUGCCGCUGUACUUCAUCGUAAACGUCAUUAUCCCCUGCAUGCUCUUCUCCUUCCUCGCCGGCCUCGUCUUCUACCUGCCCACUGACUCCGGUGAGAAGAUGACCCUCAGUAUCUCCGUCCUGCUGUCUCUCACUGUGUUCCUCCUGGUGAUCGUUGAGCUGAUCCCGUCCACCUCCAGUGCCGUCCCGCUCAUCGGCAAAUACAUGCUCUUCACCAUGAUCCUCGUCAUCGCCUCCAUCAUCAUCACCAUCAUUGUCAUCAACACGCACCACCGCUCUCCCAGCACACAUACCAUGUCUCCCUGGGUCCGCAAGAUCUUCAUCGAUACCAUUCCGAACUUCAUGUUCUUCUCCUCCAUGAAGCGGCCGUCUGAGGAGCGGAAAGACAGACGCCCUUUUCCUGCCGACUUUGACAUCUCGGACAUUUCUGGGAAACCUGUGCCCUCUUCCGUCACGUUCCAGUCACCCAUCAUCAAACACCCGGAGGUGCAAAGCGCCAUCGAUGGUGUCAAAUACAUCGCUGAGACCAUGAGAGGUGACGAAGAGUCCAACAAUGCUGCUGAGGAGUGGAAGUUUGUGGCCAUGGUGCUGGAUCACAUCUUGCUCUGCGUGUUCAUGGCCGUGUGUAUCAUUGGCACGGUGGGAGUCUUCGCCGGACGCCUCAUAGAGCUCAACAUGCUGUAAGCGGAAAAUUGCCUGGAGGCCUGAAGUGAAGCCAGGGGCUUGAGUUUAGCACCAGCUCCCAUCACACAGCUUUCAGCUGGGCUAUGCUAGCAACAAGGUCUGCUUGGAGUGGAUGCUAAAGGCGCACAGAGCCUAGUUUACUGCUGAAAGCUCAGAAGCACACAUAAUCUUGUCCGAUCUUGUCAAUCUAAUUUUCUUAAAUUUCUCCAAUGUGUAUUUAAAGGAAAAAUCCAACCUGAACGACAUGAAUCUUAAUCUUUAUAAAAUCACAUGAUCUUUAAUGGCGUCCAAGAUUGAGUCUGUAAUGUAAUCUUGAGAAGAGUUGAGUUUCUUAGCCCUCACUUCAUUUUUACCUACCGUGAUGCAGCGACGCUUUAGUGCUUUACUGUGUCUAGCUCUCUCACCUCCUUACACUUGUCAUGUCGUAGUUUGCAAACUAGCCGUACAGCUGCACUGCAUUCUGGAAAUUUCAGUCCAAUGUCUCCACUGGAUUUCUCAUUAAUAUGACGUUGAACUUCACUGGAAGAUGAUGAGCGAGAAAAGAAGCUCUUGCUUGAUUGAGUUCAUUGAAUUUCCUCUACUAUUAAACCCCCUGUGAUGUCAGCGCAGUAACACAACCGCUAACUCCUGACAGGAAGCAUAAAUAUACAGCACUGAUUACUAAACACGUCACAGAUAUUUCAACAUAAAGGUGUUUCAGGGUGAAAUUUCCCUUUAACUCCACAGUUUCUUUCUUUUCUUCAUGAUUUAUUCUCAUGAUUCAGCUUUAUCUAUCUGCGGUUCUUGGUAUUGGUAUGACCACGGAAAUGCCAUGUGUUCAGUCUGUGUUGAGAAAUGAAGACGUGUGACGUUACCUAAAGCACACGAAUGUAUUUUGUGUUGAUAUACUAUGUGAACAGGUUACAUCUGAGAUUUUUGUUUUUGAAAUUUCUGGUUCCGCAAAAGAAAUGCCUUAAUAUUUUAAAAUUCAGAUAGGAAAAACUUAUUUCUCUUUGCACAAGAGUUAAUGAGAAUGAGAGCAGCAGUUCAAUUACUGUUAAUUACAUUUUAGGAUUUUGACCAGU